UUCACAUGGUCACGACUCGGCAACCUCUCAGCUUAGUCGACUAUCUCAUCGAGUACUCCGUGCUUCUAUCCCACCGGGCCAGAUUUGGUAAGGUCUUGCUGUUGUAUUAAACCUAUAAAGCAGACCACAACUCCAGAUAACGCAGCUUCUGUCUCCUUUUGAACCACCAAAUUUGCUAAUCACACUCUUUUGAUCAUUCGCUUCUUCCACUCUUUCAAUACUAUUCAUUCAUUAUCUCAAUCACCAUGCGUGUCCUCGCUACUCUUCCUCUUCUGGCCAUGGCUGCCCUUCAAGUCGCUGCUGGCGACUUCUCCAAGACCUGCUCCGGCACGUCCUACUUCUCCACCACCGUCACUUCAAACUGCCAGGACAAAUACCAGGAAGACUCUUACUCGACCGACUUGGAUAUGACCAAGUGCUUGGCCAAUGUCGGAGGCAAGAUUGUCUGCCGUCCUUCCAGCCCUUCGUUCAAGUUCUGCGACUGCGGUCUUGCGGGCGACAAGAAGGUCCUGAACUGCCGCUGCACUGACUCCACUGGCACGAAGAGACCCUCCUCCCUGAACCUUGACACGUGCUUGAGCAACAUUAAUGGAGACCUCAAGUGCUAAGGGCUCUCACA